GGUGAUGGUGCUACUUCAGCGAAGUGCUGUCAGGUUGUAUCGGGUUAGACGCGUUAAACGUCAAAUGAUCGACCGGCAGGAUGGAUGGAAACAGCAGCAGUAUUAUCACUUCUGCAAUUCUAGCCAUUGAUUACAUGGACUCUUUACUCCCCGAAAACCCUUUACAAGAGCCUUUUAAAAAUGCAUGGAACUACAUGCUGGACAAUUUUACCAAAUUUCAAAUUGCUACUUGGGGUUCUCUUCUGGUUCACGAAGGCGUUUAUUUUUUGUUCUGUCUACCGGGGUUUAUUUUUCAGUUUAUUCCAGCCAUGCAGAAGUAUAAGAUACAAAAGGACAAGCCAGAGAGUAUUGAGAAACAGUGGAAGUGCUUCAAAGUGCUGCUGUUCAAUCACUUCUGUAUCCAGCUGCCUCUGAUCUGUGGCACUUAUUACUUCACUGAAUUCUUCAACAUUCCGUAUAACUGGGAGAAAAUGCCACGAUGGCAGGUCAUUGCAAUGCAAUGUCUGGGUUGUGCUAUUAUUGAAGAUACUUGGCACUACUUCCUGCAUAGAUUGCUGCACCAUAAGAGAAUCUACAAAUAUAUUCAUAAAGUUCAUCAUGAAUUUACGGCGCCAUUUGGCAUGCAAGCUGAAUAUGCCCACCCAGCAGAGACACUCAUCCUCGGAAUGGGUUUCUUCAUUGGCAUCAUGAUCUUCUGCAAUCAUGUAAUCCUCCUCUGGGCUUGGGUGAUCUUUCGUCUCCUGGAAACAAUAGACGUACACAGUGGUUAUGAUGUUCCCCUGAAUCCAUUGCACUUGAUUCCAUUUUAUGGUGGCUCCCGUUUCCAUGACUUUCAUCACAUGAACUUCAUUGGAAACUACUCUUCAACCUUCACGUGGUGGGACAAGCUGUUUGGAACAGACUCUCAGUUCCAGAUGUACAAUGAUAAAUUGAAGGAAAUGAAAAAGGAUCAAUAAGAAAUACACAAAACCAAUAACAUAAAACAUAGCAAUUUUACUCCAAAUUACUAUUACUAUAACCAAGAAAUUGAGAAAUCUAAUCAAUCGCUGAACUGUUUAGCAAAUUAAUGCUCUUAAUGGGUCCUGAUGGCGAAGUUCAUUUUGCUACCAUCUUUUAAUAAAUAAAAUAUUCUAAAUGUUUUUCCUGGCAUUCACCUGAGGAAGUAGUACUGUUAACUACACAAUUAUACAGACAGACUCCAUUUUCUCAUGAUUGUUAUUUGAAAUUGUUCCAAACUUUUGGGAGAACUGUCUCGAAGUUGUUUCUCUUUCUGUAAAGAAUUUAGGGAAACAUUUUCAUAAUUACUUGUUGUAUUGAAACUUUCAAUGAAUUAGCCCUGGUUUUUUUUUGCAAUAUUUCCUCAUUUUGUUGGAGAAAACAUGUUUUUGCAAACGUGUGUUAUGCCCUAAUUUGAAUGACCUUUUUAGAUUUGAAUUUCUGGAAUAAUACCUGGAAAUAUUGGAAGUCUUCUUCCAAGGACAAAUUACAAUAUACAGUUUCUCACUGUUCUAACUGACAUAAGAUAAUACAACCAGAUGUUUAUAAUCACUAUGUAUAUUUGCUUAUUGUGAAAUAGCACCAAAUCUUAUAGAUAUCUUGUAAUAUUUUCACUUGGGCAUUCAGGUAUGUCAUUUGAUUCAAAGUUCCAAAUAUUGUCUGCGCUGCUGUCAAGAACUGCAGGUGACAUGUUCUGCAAAAUUCAAUUAUUUGGCUUUUUUUUAAUCAGAAAGAAUCUCUGGUAUAGGGGUCACAGCAUGGAAGAGGCUCUUCAGUCUAUAGUGCCCACACUGGUCAUCAAGCACCAAUUUAUUCUUGUCCUAUUUUCCAGUCUCUGGCCUGUAGCCGCAUAUGCUGUGGCAUUUCAGGUGUUCAGCUCCCUUCAUAGCUGUAAUGGUGAAUUCCCUCUGCACCCUCUCAAAUGUGAUCGCAUCCUUCCUAGGACUGCACAAAGUACUCCGGUUUUGGCCUAACUAAUGUUUUCUACAGCUCCUGCAUAACCUUCCUCAUCUUGUAAUCAGUAUCUUGACUAAUAAAAACAAGUGUCCCAUUUGCCACCUUAUCCACCUGCUACCUUAACUACCUGUCCUGCUGUCGUCAAGGAUCUAAGGACAUCCAUACCAAGGUCCCUCUGAUUCUCUGUACUUCCUAAGUCCUACCAUUCACCAUGUAUUCCCUUCUCUCGUUAGUCCACAGAAAAUGCAUCACCUCACAUUUUUCAGGAUUAAAUUCCAUUUGCUAUUGUUCUGCCCAGCUAACUAGCCUGUCUAUAUCGUCCUGUAGAUUCUUCUCCUUGCUAUUUACCUCAUCACCAGUUUUCAUGUCAUCUGUGAACUUAUCACUCAUACCUCCUUCAUUAAUGUCUUGAUCGUUAAUGUACGUUACUAACGGCAAGGUACCCAGCGAUAUGGCUUCAAAUCAGAAAAACAACUUUUGGCCAUCACACUCUGUCUCUUGCCACAAAACCAAACUGUUAGACAUACUUAUGCAAUGUUUAAAUUUAGUGAGGUUUACUCAGUACUAGGGAGUUUUGAGAAGAUUUGUAGCUCAGGUUGAAGUUUUAGAUGCAAGCUUGAUUGCUGAGCUGGAAGGUUAGU